UAAUUUGGACUCUUUUUGACGUAAUUCCAAAAGCCAAUCGAUCAUGCCUACUUGUAACUUCCUACGAAAGCUACGAACAAUUGUUGGCACUUGUGGAACAUGUGGAGGGUCACAGCCGAACUUUUUAUAAAAUGGAACAAAACGAAAAUACCAGCAAGUACUCAAGUCGCUAGAUGCCAUUCUUUAAACGCAAAAUUAACUGAAACACCUACUUGACAAUUACCUCAACAUAGAAUGGCCGCAAGUUUGGUAUUGAUAAAAAUGCACAGUCCAAGAAAACGCCUUUGUCUAGAUUAGAGCAGUGUAUAAAGGUUUUUAAACAAAACAUGGGAAAUACUUUGAAGAAAUUACCAAGCAAAGAGAAUAAUGUUAAAUCGCCCAAAUGCAAAACAGAUAAUAGAAUACCACCAAAAAUUCAUGGUGACAAGAAAAAGCAAUCAAAAACAGAUAAGAGCAAUCGUUCAUCGAAUAAGGAGGCACAGCGUAACAGCAAAAAGGACUCUAAAAAACUUCCUGCCAAGGGCGCAAACACGAAAAAGAAGGCAUCACCAGUCGAGGGUUUAAAUUUUGGCAAACCAAACACUAAAAGUGAUGGUUCUGAUAAGUCUGGUAAAGUCAAAUUAAAGAAUCAAAAAACGCCCGUGCCUCCAAUAAAAAGUAAGUCGUUGAGUAAACCCAAUGAAUCUGGAAACGUUGAAAAUAUCAAUAGUAAAAGUGCAUUGGAAUACGAAGGAAAAUCCCGAAAGCCUUCACCACCAAUAAAGAAUGCAAAGGCUCAGUGUCUCACAAAAGGAAUAAAGGAUAAGAAAACACGAAAGAGUGAUUCUUCUACAAAAACUCAGUUAUCUUCUCCGAAGUCAGAGAAGGUGGGACUUGAAAGAAUUCAAAAGAUCUCACCGGAACAAAAAAAUACAAGCACAUAUACAGAUGCCAGUACUACCAGCACAACUAAAACUAUUAAAGUAAAGUUAUUGAAAAACACUGGAAAUAAAAAACUCACAAAAAAGAGAUCUGUUAGAAAUGCACAAUUGAAUACGGUGAAGCCCCCAACAGAUGAAAAUAUUGAGACCACCGAAGAUGGGCUCGGUCAGUCUCACAAUAUAAUGAUUAUGGUGGACGAAUGGAAGAAAGAAGAGGAGAAACUCCAAAAAGAAUAUGAAAAUGCACAGGAGCGUAUUAGAACUUCGUUAAGAGAAGAACAUCAAGCAAAAGCACAAGCACAGACUUGGAGAGCAAGAUUGGAAAGACUAGCUGUGGCUCACAGAGAAAAACUCUUUCGGCAAGCAACCUUACUGAGGGCUCGUCUACGGAGUGCCGAACAUCGACUUGUGUCUACAGAAAAACGAGCAAAAAAACUCGUCGUAACAAACAGUAAACUCAAAGGGAUGAUAGAUGUAGUCAAGGAGGAAGCGCGAUCGCUCCGUGUGGAAAGCGAGAAGAAGAGGGAAUCUGCGAGAAAGGAAUUAAAUGAAAAGCUAGUUUCCGUUGAAGGAGAUCUAAGAAAGUUAAAAGAACGCCUCAAGACUUCAGGCAUGUCAGAGUUAAAAAGCAUUGCCGAUGAAAAUAAACCUGCAAUCAUUUGUGCAAUAGCUGGUUCAGGCGCUAAUAACGAAUGCGACAUCAGUACAGACAUGGACGCGGACGGCCACCGCAUGUCAGAAGUACAUCGUAAAAAAGUUUCGCCGCAGAAAUUGAAGAAAACAGAAAACCUUCAAACAUGUAAUGGGCUGCUAAAUACAAAAAACGCUGUUCACUUUCCCAUUCCACCGACCUAUAUUCCAACGCCUUCAGUUAAUGCCUUUGGAUUUCCUCCCCCAUCUGUACUGUGUGGACCGGCGUACUCUCGCUAUGUCAGUCCGUCGUACGUAUCCUACCCUCCUCUUACCAAUAGCUACGCAUCGCCACCGUAUAUGACAGGACCGUCAUAUCCCAUAACUAAUGCGUCUUUGUAUCAAGAUAUAAUACCCCCUAUUCAGCCGUGUUUUACCAUGUCCCAUAACAAGCAUCGAGGAACACGUGGAAACCGAACAGUACCAGACCGAUAUUUGGGGGCGACAUUAGGAAGUGCCAAGCCCAGACAGAAAGUAGGGCACCAAAUGGAAAUUUCUGACAGACUAUAUAACAACCCAAAAAAUUCUGACUUUAACACCAACAUACUGCAACGCAUUCCCUGCAAUCGAGAUCUUAAUAAAAUUGCUAUGAAUUCACAAAUAAAAGACUUACGCGUGAAAGAUACAUCUGGACGCACCAUUAAUAGACCAAAUGUUUCAUCGAGGAGACAGCCCAUCCGAAUUCCGACUGCUGAAAUACAUAAUUCCUCAACAAACUAUGAUACAAGUUCAGCAAGCAAUAGCACACGCAAUCCACGGUGCCGAGUCAACCAGCAAUAUGUAGUAUCCGAAAGAGAAGUUUACAACGCCUACGCCAGAAGUCGACAUCGUCCGAAUACCUUUCUGCACGACAAUGACUGUGAAAAUUGUGAUCCUGUCCCAACAGAUGAAGUCGUGUAUCCAACUGGCGCAGUCCAUAACAGUAGUCGAAAAACGGACGAGUCUCCUCAUUCAAAUGGUGAAGGUAAUCGCAACGAACUUGACAGUGGCGCAAUUUUUUACAAAGGCAUAUCGACUGAAAAAAAGCAAAAUGGAACUGGGACUUAUUUCAGCUCAUCUCUCAACAGCGGAAAGAGGAAUCUUUCCCAUACAGACACCCCGUCAGUUGUCGAGUCCGCACCAACACCUUAUAAUGAAAGAGGCUAUUUCGGAGAUUUCGAAAGAUCGGCAUCUACGCUGGAAGUUGCAAGAAAACGUCGGAUCAUUGGGCGCCGUGACAGGAAGCUUUAAGUCGUAUCAUAGGUUCAUCAUAAAGUAUUUUCCGCUCUGUUCACCUCAAUAAUAUUCAAUUUUAAAUAAAUGUGUAAUUCCCGUCUCGCCAGAAUGUUUUGUAAACUUUUUGCAUACAGUUUUUCGGGCAUUAAAUACACUUAAUCAUCACUACACCUUUGCAGCACACGCCAGCAGUGUUAACAACCGAGUUCAAAGCCGCAACAAUGUUCUAAAGUCACUCGCGGGUACUACAUGGGGUAAAGACAAGAAUACACUCCUUACCACCUACAAACCUAUCGGUCGAUCCGUCGUAAAUUAUGCUGCACCAAUUUGGACACACCAGCUCAGCGCUACGCACUGGAACUCCCUACAACGAAGGCAAAAUGCGGCUCUUAGAACUAUCACAGGAUGUCACCUCAUGGCCAGCGAAAAUCAUCUCCACCGAGAAACAAAGUUGCUGCCAGUGAAGGCUCACAAUGAAAUGCUAUCCUCGCAAUUCCUUGCCGGAUGCUACGACCAAUACCAACCCUGCCACAUAACAAGCAUCAGAGAACCGCCACAUCGAAAAAUCAAGAAGGGAUUGAUUGAGACAUUUGGCUACUUGGCUGAAGCAUUUUCCAAUAUGCCGAGAAAUAUAGCACUCCAAGAAAUUCAUACUAAAUUCGUGUCAGACUACCUUUGCCACCAAAAACAAAACUUGGUCCUGGGAGGUCGCCAAACAAACCACUACAUGACACGCAUUGAUCCAGCAAUAAGGGAUAUCUGCCCCGAGUGCGGAACCGGCCCGCAUCUAUUUAUAUGUUCAGCCAAACCAACACAUCUAACUACAAGGGACCUGUGGGAGAAUUCGGUCGAAGCCGCCAUGUUCCUGGGUCUUCAAACACAGAACGACGAAGGGUGUUAACAACAACAACUUAAUCAUUGCGGGGACAAGUCACACCCAGUGUAUUUGUUCAAAUGAACCUUGGCGCAUUUUACUCAUUGGAGCGGCAGGUUUUAUGCCAGAAACGUAUUUAUUUUCUAUCUGAACUGGCACAAAACGUGUUAAGCCAGAGCUCAC